CUGAUUGAAUGUGCAUAGUGUCGUGUUUUGCAAGAUGAUUUUUGUUUGUUAUGUCGUCAAACGCCGCCAUGCAAUAAUUGUGAGUUGACUGGAUUUAGGGACGUCGAACGUUCUGGCUGCUGCGUAUACCGUACAGCAGUGAGUGACUACACUGUUGACUACAGUAUAACUAUGGAGGCUAUAAUCUAGAGCGCCUUAAAUUGUGUUUGAGAGCAUGUUUUAACUAAAAAUGGUUAAGGGAUACUUCGGGGUUUUUGACAAUGAAGCCCCUUUAUCUACUACCCGAGUCAAAUGAACCCGCGUAUACAACAAUGUUUAUGUAUCUGAGUAUAACAGGAACUAGUAUGGGUAGCUGCAGCCCAAUAUGGCGAUCGAGUAUGUUUGUUAAAAUAGUUAAAAGUUACUAGUGCCGCUUAUUUCUACAAUGUAGCUUAAAAAAUGUGAUUGUAAACAUAACCUUAACCACACUGCUAACUUUAUGCCUAACCUUAAAUAAAACUGUUGUUUCUUAUAUUGAUUUUGUGGCUGUGGAAACCCCGGAGUAUAAACUAAGAUUUAAAAAAAGAUCUGUGGUAUAUCCGCCAUUGUGAAACCGAAAGCGAGCGGGGCUGAGGUGGGAAACCCCCGGAUGUCGCCAGUGUAAACAACGAUGGCGUGGACUUCCAGUUUAUCGGCUACAUUUUUUUUAUUAUAUAUUUUUUUAUUUUAUUUUGAUGAACAACAAAUCAAUACAGAAAGUACAUGAGGGAAUUUCCGGCUACAAUGUAUAUCUAUAAAUGGGGAGAUGAAGACGUCAGUCACUGUCCAAGUCAGUCCAACUGGAUCGAGGGUUAACAUUACAUUCACGAUGUAACGUUACAAGGUGGAGUUCUCUGAAAGUCCAUCAUGGAGACUGAAUGGAAUGCAAAGCUGACCAGGGACAGUGCAACCAUGCCAUCGGUUUACUGUAAACCAUAGCUCAUUACAUUAAAAUGGGCUACAAGUCUGUUCCACCAACAGAGCUAAACAUCCUUGCCUCAAACAUGGCACAUUCCCCCGUGUACGUCAGGCCUGAAGUCAAAACCUGUAAAUACAGUUAAAUUAUCAAAAGUAAAGCCAUUGAGGAAUGAAAUGCACCUGCCAACUUGAAGGGAUUGUGCCAAAUACGUAUUGUCCAGUCCCUACACAAUUGCCCAGUAAAUAGUUUGCUAGUAGAGCUGACCCCAUUUAGUCGACUGGUCGAUUGUUUGGUCGACCAAGAUUUCUUAAUGUCGAGCAGUAGCAAAAACAUUUUAUUUAUCAUGGUGUACAAGACACCUGUCUGAUUCACGCUUGUCUGAGUGGAUUAAUCCAUUGUGGAGGCCGUGGGGAUGGCACAGUCCAUCACUCUAAGACAUCUGCUACUGAAAUUGUACAUGGUUACAUUACCUAAGAACAAUGGUGCAAUGCUAAUAAAAAAUAAUGUAUUUUAUAACAAAUGCGCCUUCUCUUGCGUUGGAUAGUGGUCACUGUCCGGUGUUCUGAAACACACCAGUGCGCUGUUGAACUGGCGCCUUUUCCUAGACCAUCUUGCUAUGUGCAUAAUAGCAAAGUUAACCAGCAUAUUGGUGUUGAGAACAAUGUGGCGGAGGCAGCAGCAGAGUUAGGAGAAGAGGAAACAGCCCUUGCCUUAUUGUCUAAGAAAAGUGAGGAGAGAGGAAACCCCAACUUAAAUAGGUAUAUAAUCAAUAGCAUAACUGUUAAAUGUGUCUGGCUUUAUAAAUCAUCCAUGUAUAUCUACAGAAAUAAGACAAAUCCUGCUUUUGUUGCCUGUUUUGGUGUUUGUUGUUUAUCUUUGCUUUGCUGUAAUAAAGGCUUUACACUUUUUCAUUUGACCAGCCUCUGGUAACAUUUAUCAUUUAUUUAGUGUUCCAAAUUGUCAGAAAAAUAAUAACCCUCUUUUUUGUUGUUGAUCUCCUUAUUGUUAUGAUCAUCGUUAUAGUAAUAAGUAAGACACUGCAUCUCAGUGCUAGAGGCGUCACUGCAGUACCUGGUUCGAAUCCAGGCUGCAUCACACCCGCCCGUGAUUGGGAGUCCCAUAGGGCGGUGCACAUUUGGCCAAGCAUCGCCCGGGGUAGGCCGUCAUUGUAAAUACAAUUUAGUUCUUAAAUGACUUGCCUAGUUAAAGAAAAGGUUAAAUAAAUAUAUAUUUAAAUCAUUAGUAGGCUUAGUAUAGCAGCCUUGUAUAGACUCCAUUGAGCUGUAGGCCUAAGAGCGCUUUCUGUUUAGUCUUAAUACCCUAACUUACUUAGGCCUAUAUUUCAAUACUUAUAUAGGCUACUGUAUCAUUCAUUCGUUCAUGUCAUCACACAGCAUACGAGUCAUUCAUGAUUUGAAAUGCAAUCAAGCAUUUUGGUUAUAAAAUAAAGGAAGCCUUGAAUAAUUCACUUAAACAAUAAAUAAACCGUUCCAUUUUGGAAAUUAUAUUCACAAAUGAAUGUGACUGUUUUUAGUCUUUUCUGUAAUAAAGGCUCAACAAAAAAAGUUACAACAGACAAAAUUAUAUUGUAAUCUAACAGCACCUAAAAUGCACUCAACGCUUGCUCCUUACCUUCUUUUUCUUGAUCUCCAGUAUUUUCCACAACUAGUCACAUUUAUUGCACACAUUUGACUUCCCCUUUACUUCAUGAGCAACCAGUAAACAUUCCCUCGUUUUGAGUUUAUUUGUAACGUCCUCUGUAUCCAUUUUGCGGUUAUGGUGUUCAAAGUUUGUUAUAACCAAUUUAUGGAUGUGAAUAUGAUAUGUUAUAUGUCAGGCCCUAUUGGUCACGUGCAUGCGAUGCGUACAUGUCACGUAAAGAGAGCAAGGGUUUAAGGAAGUUUUUUUCUAAACAAAUGUAUGAUUUCGGUAACAGAACAUUUAAUUCAGAAAUGUCUGUAAUUAUGUUGCAGCUUCAGCAACACAAACAGCGCGAAAAACACUGGUGGUCGCUGCAGCAGAGAGGAGAGGGAGACAAAGGGUGCUAGUCACACAGUCACUCGCUGUUUUUUUAUUUUUUACACAGUGCAGCAAGUCUGAGCCAGGCCCGGCACAAUCAAAUCAAUCGCUGGUCGGACUCUCUCUCAUUUGCAUCUUAAUUAUUUCAUCAAACAGUGCGCUUAAAGGAUCAGACAAGCUCAUUGAAUAUAAAACAUGUGUGAAUAAAACACAUAGGAUAUGUCUAUAUUUUGAAAAAUACACGUUUUAAAAUUCAAACCAAUCGAUUGGUCGAAAGAACAGACGACUCUUGGUCGACCAAGUUAUUUUUUUUAGUUGGGAACAGCCCUAAAUUUAAGUCGCUCUGGACAAGAGCGUCUGCUAAAUUACAAACAUGUAAAUGUAAGGUGACUGGUCAUGUUAUUAAGUUGUGAUAGAGUUGUGGUUGCCACAACUGUUUUUGGGCCAGGGACAAUAAGCCCUUUUUGGGGUACUGCUUACGAAAUGCUGCCUGGUCGUGGAAACUGUGUUUAAUUACUGUAGGCAUAUUUGACCCGUCUUUAAAAUAAAAAAAGAAUAAACGUUUAACCUUCUCGUUUUGAAAGUUGUUAGAGGAGCCGGCGCCAUUGCUUCAGUCUGAAUGUCUGCAGUCUGAACAGACUGUAAUGUAGCAUGUUUAAUGUACCCGCUGGCUCAAGGGUUGAAAUGCGUGUGCUAGCCGAUGUUCGUUCAGACGAUAGUGAUUCGUCAAAAGACAGGUAAAUAGCAGCUGUCCAGGCUGAAAAUGUUGGCUCACAUUACACUGAAAUACAAGAACAUUACCAUCAAAGAUGAAAUUGCAUUGAAUCGAAUGAAUCAGAUCUUACCAUUCGUUUGUUGUGCUGUGUAUUUCAAUAUUGUGUAUUAAACCUUUUCCCUUGUCUUCCAAUAGUUGUAUUAGGCUGUGACUCAAGGUCUACGUUAAGAUUGAAGACAACAGGGAUUGUGCCAUUGUUAUAAUUCAAAACUCCUAAGAAUCCAGGGUGGUGCCCCUUAUUCCAGUGAGAUGGUGAGGAUUGGAGAACCAUGGCUCAGUUUCAAAGCAAAAUGGAUAAUAGAUCUACCAAUCAUUUUGGUGUUUCUAACCAUUGAGCGCUCUAGUGCAUGUGGUAGAGCAGAGUACAGAACAGGUGAUGAAUGCUGUCCUAUGUGUUCACCAGGAAACCGGGUACAUAAACACUGUACAGAAUUGACAAGUACUUCCUGUGCCCCCUGUACCGACUCCACUUUCCUUGAUGAACCCAAUGGUCUUACGGCAUGCAUACUGUGUACAAACUGUGACCCUGGCUUUGGAUUGAAGGUAAAGCAGUCAUGUAGACCUUCAUCAGACACGGUCUGUGGGACACUGGAGGGGUUCUACUGUCAUGACCCAACUAAGGAUGGUUGUAGAGCAGCCCAGAGACACAGCAGCUGUAAACCUGGUCAAUACAUCAGUCACACAGGAACAACAUCUACAGAUACUGUGUGUUCUGACUGUACUGGUGAUACCUAUUCAGAUGGAUCAUUUACAUCCUGCCAGCCACACACACAAUGUGAUACCUUGAAGCGUCAGCAAAUUAAACUUGGAACUCAUUGGUCCGACUCUGAAUGUGGACCACAGAACUCCCUUCCCAUAGCUGUAAUACUAUCUGCUGUGGUGGUGGUGGUGGUACUAACUGUGAUAGCAGCAGUGAUUGCAGUAUCUAUUUUUAUGAGAAAACGAAGAAAAAACCUAUCUGAGACACAAAGGCCUACAGAUGUACAUAAAGGCCUACAAACACCUAUAGAGGAAUCAGACACCGAGGGAGCAACGCUGUUUAUGGGAACAAGAACAGGUAAAGGUUCUGUUAACAUAUGUACAGAAUGGUAUGCAUGAGUUCUCGUGAACUUCAGCCAAAAUAUGUAUGAUUUAGAACUUUAUCUUUUUCAUGUAAACUUGACAUGUUAUUAAUAUUAUCCUUACCAGAUUCAUGCCCCUAGGACAUUCUUUACAACAAUCCAGUUUGAGGUUCAUUGGCCUGAGACGUAGUAGGGUCCAAUUUCUGUCCACUACAUAGUAAAUGUGAUCUAGACUCCAUUUUUAAAUAAAAGUUGGGGCUGACACAUUUGUUUUGUGGUGUACUGAUUAAACCAAUUAUGACCUUAAUACAUGGCCUAAAACCCUAAAACACAAUUCCAAGGAAAAAACAUUUUUGUAAAACCUUCCAAUAGUGGGGACGAAGAUGUAAACCCUAGUAGGAGCCAGGUCUGUACUGUCCAGGGUAAGUUCAGAUGGUCUUAAUUUUAAUGGUCAGUCCAAGUCAUUUGAGCGUAACUGGAACUAAAGGAGUUUUGUAUGACACUGCACCUGGUCUUUGGAUGAUGGUGCAGGAUACAAUCGCAUUUUGGAACAAAUGUCCAUGAACUGAGGAAAUCUAAAGAUGAUCCCACAGCAUCCCCAUGGAACUUGUGAUGUACUGUAGAUUCUGUUGAUACAAACUGUGAAAAGGACCUUUGAAUAACAUGGCCUGGACACUGGUUUGGAAACAAUUGACUUGUUGUGCGACCAUGAAUUUGUAUAAUCCCAUUCCCCACAAAGGCAAUGGUGCAAAGUGAAGGCUAUGUCCAGUGUGUGACCCUGAUGCAUCCCAAUAGGACUCCAAUUAAUAAUAAACACUUCAUGACUUUUACAGUCCUCCAUGAUUGUAUAGUUCCUUUGCUUUUGAUGCAUAUUUUGUACAUAUUGUAUUAUAUAGUGUUUAGCAGAUUAUUCACGGAAUAUAGAUUUUGCAUUGGUCAUGAUUUGUGUGUGUUUCCAUCAGUGCUCAAGUCUCUCUGAUGUGUUUUUUUUUAAUGUGUAAAUAUGGUGGCAAAUCCAUUGUCACCUCGUGGGAUUAAUAGAGUAUCUGCAGUAAAAUGUUAUGUUCAAGUGUUCCAAUGACCUUAUAUUGUAAAAAUGUAUUAAAGCAAAAUGUGAAGUGAAA